GGCUCCCGCUCCCGCUCCCGCUGGCUGCGGCGGCGGCGGCGGCGGGGAUUGUUUUUGUUGUCGCUGAGGCCGGAAGAGCCGCAGGAGCCGGGUCCCUGUCCCCGGGCCGGGCGCCGCCGCCGCCCCCUACCCAGCGGCCGCGUCUCCGCGGCGCCCCCCCCAGCGCCAAUAUUCCGGAGAUCAAGCGUUACGCGGCGGCGGCGGCGGCGGCGGCGGCGGCGGCGGCGGGGCCCGGAGCGGGAGGCGCCGGGGACCGGGGCGAGGCGGCCCCGGCCGCCGCCAUGGAGGCGCUGGGACCCGAUUUAGUUUGCUGAUGUUGUUACCAUAUUUUGGAGAUGCCUCCAUUAUGAAAUCCUGGAACCUUUGAGCACUGACUAUAACAAUUAUGCAAAUGCAGUCAUAAAGGACCUCCAACCAGCCUGUUUCAGCCACCUCGUCGUCCUGGCCUUGGAACUGUUGGAAAACCAAUCAGACUGUUAGCCAAUCAUUUUCAGGUUCAGAUUCCUAAAAUAGAUGUGUAUCACUAUGAUGUGGAUAUUAAACCAGAAAAGCGGCCUCGUAGAGUCAACAGGGAGGUAGUAGAUACAAUGGUGCGGCACUUCAAGAUGCAAAUAUUUGGUGAUCGGCAGCCUGGCUAUGAUGGCAAAAGAAACAUGUACACAGCACAUCCACUGCCAAUUGGACGGGAUAGGGUUGAUAUGGAAGUGACCCUUCCAGGUGAGGGUAAGGACCAGACCUUUAAAGUGUCUGUUCAGUGGGUGUCAGUUGUAAGCCUUCAGUUGCUGUUAGAAGCUUUGGCCGGGCACUUGAAUGAGGUGCCAGAUGAUUCGGUACAAGCCCUUGAUGUCAUCACAAGACACCUUCCCUCCAUGAGGUACACUCCAGUGGGCCGUUCCUUUUUCUCACCUCCUGAAGGUUACUACCACCCUCUGGGAGGGGGCAGGGAAGUUUGGUUUGGUUUUCAUCAGUCUGUGAGACCUGCUAUGUGGAAUAUGAUGCUUAAUAUUGAUGUAUCUGCGACUGCUUUCUACCGGGCUCAACCUAUCAUUGAAUUCAUGUGUGAAGUUUUAGAUAUUCAGAAUAUCAAUGAGCAGACCAAACCUCUAACAGACUCCCAGCGUGUCAAGUUUACCAAAGAAAUCAGAGGUCUUAAAGUUGAGGUGACUCACUGUGGACAGAUGAAACGCAAAUAUCGAGUUUGUAAUGUCACUAGACGGCCAGCCAGUCAUCAAACUUUUCCCUUACAGCUAGAAAAUGGUCAAGCUAUGGAAUGUACAGUAGCUCAAUACUUUAAGCAAAAAUAUAGUUUGCAGCUGAAAUAUCCCCAUCUUCCCUGUCUCCAAGUGGGACAAGAACAAAAGCAUACAUACUUGCCACUUGAGGUCUGUAAUAUAGUGGCAGGACAGCGAUGUAUUAAGAAGCUCACAGACAAUCAGACUUCCACGAUGAUCAAAGCCACAGCAAGGUCUGCUCCUGACAGACAGGAAGAAAUCAGUAGACUGGUAAAGAGUAACAGCAUGGUGGGUGGACCUGAUCCGUAUCUUAAAGAAUUUGGUAUCGUUGUCCACAAUGAAAUGACAGAGCUCACAGGCAGGGUACUUCCUGCUCCAAUGCUGCAAUACGGAGGCCGGAAUAAAACAGUAGCCACUCCCAACCAGGGUGUCUGGGACAUGCGAGGAAAGCAGUUUUAUGCUGGCAUUGAAAUUAAAGUCUGGGCAGUUGCUUGUUUUGCACCUCAGAAACAAUGUAGAGAAGAUUUACUUAAGAGUUUUACUGACCAGCUUCGUAAAAUCUCUAAGGAUGCAGGCAUGCCUAUCCAAGGUCAGCCAUGUUUCUGCAAGUAUGCACAAGGUGCAGACAGCGUGGAGCCCAUGUUUAAACAUCUGAAAAUGACAUACGUGGGCCUACAGUUAAUCGUGGUUAUCUUGCCUGGAAAGACACCAGUAUAUGCGGAGGUGAAACGAGUUGGAGAUACCCUCCUGGGAAUGGCCACACAGUGUGUCCAGGUGAAAAAUGUUGUGAAGACCUCACCCCAAACCCUUUCUAACCUUUGCCUGAAGAUAAAUGCAAAGCUUGGAGGAAUCAACAAUGUGCUUGUACCUCAUCAAAGGCCCUCAGUGUUCCAGCAGCCUGUCAUCUUCCUGGGCGCAGAUGUCACGCAUCCUCCAGCAGGGGACGGGAAGAAACCCUCAAUUGCUGCUGUGGUUGGCAGUAUGGAUGGCCACCCCAGCCGGUACUGUGCCACUGUUCGAGUGCAGACCUCCCGCCAGGAGAUUUCCCAGGAGCUUCUCUAUAGCCAGGAGGUAAUCCAGGAUCUCACUAACAUGGUUCGAGAGCUGCUGAUCCAGUUCUACAAAUCUACACGUUUCAAACCCACACGGAUCAUCUAUUACCGUGGAGGAGUAUCCGAGGGACAAAUGAAACAGGUAGCUUGGCCAGAACUAAUAGCAAUCCGAAAGGCAUGCAUUAGCUUGGAAGAAGAUUACCGGCCAGGAAUAACCUAUAUUGUGGUACAGAAAAGACAUCACACACGACUCUUCUGUGCAGACAAAACAGAAAGGGUGGGAAAAAGUGGCAACGUCCCAGCAGGCACUACAGUGGAUAGCACCAUCACACAUCCAUCUGAGUUUGACUUUUACCUCUGUAGUCAUGCAGGAAUUCAGGGAACCAGCCGUCCUUCGCAUUACCAGGUCCUGUGGGAUGAUAACUGCUUCACUGCAGAUGAGCUCCAGCUAUUAACUUACCAAUUGUGUCACACCUAUGUGCGGUGCACACGCUCAGUCUCUAUUCCAGCCCCUGCAUAUUAUGCCCGACUUGUAGCAUUCAGAGCAAGGUAUCAUCUGGUGGAUAAAGAUCAUGACAGUGCUGAAGGCAGUCAUGUGUCAGGACAGAGCAAUGGCCGAGAUCCUCAAGCCUUGGCUAAGGCUGUGCAGAUCCACCAUGAUACCCAGCACACAAUGUAUUUUGCCUGAGAGUGUCAGAAAAAGAACUCGACCAGCUUGGCACCCCAUUCAGCCUCAUAAUGUUUCAAAUGCCUCUAGAGAGAACCAAGUUGACUUGAGGUGGUCUUCUACCAGCAGCUUGGAAUAGUUGCACUGAUUCUAUUCUUCAUAGCACUGUCUAAUGCAUCAACAAAAUCGAGCCAUUUUUAAAAAAAAGAAAAAGUAAUAGAUACUCAUAGAUUGUCUUUUCUGAUGCACUGGACUGAAUUUUUACCUCAUCAUACAAAGGCUGAUCAGCCUGAACUGUCUAAAGGACUUUACAAGAAAGGUUUCUAUGGAAUAUUUUGCUAGCUGUGGUGUUCACCGCAUCCCUCUAGUCUUAUAAAAGAAGAUUAUUCCUUUUUUCUGUAUUCAUUUUGUGGGGUAUAUGCGUAAGUGGGAGAGAAAAACCAAACAAUCUACUUCAGUUCAGCGUAACUAUUUAAUCGUGUGGGUACACAGACUUUUUAAUGGAGACUUCUGACUCUGCCACUGUAAAUGCCUUUAACGAGCAUUAAUUUUUUUAAAUUUUUACAGAGUUUUAUUAGUUUUACUACUUUAUCUUGUAACUGACGACAUACUUGUGCUAGUGCAAGUCAGGCUGCCGGGCAAUCACACUGUAUUUGGCUGUAGGUUCAUAUGGGCAGUUCUGUUAUUUGGUUGACUUCUGUGAAUGUGUAACACAAGCAGACGUAAUGCAUAUCAUGGUGGCAGGUAACACUGCCAUGGCAAAAAAGCACUCAUACUUCCCCCUCUUUGAGAAAAAAAAUAUUAGCUUUUAGUAUUUUUCAAAGUUUUCAAAAGUGCCCAUUUUAUGCUGCUGUGUGGUUUGUUAGAUCUAAAUGACUUUUAAACUUUUCUCAUAGAAAAUUAACGUUGGCAAUAAACAUUUUUUAAGGUCCCAUCUCUUCCUCCCCAACAAUGUAGUUUUCUAGAUGAGAUUUUGGUAUGAUUUUAUCAGCUGUUUCUUAUUGAUCAUAAUCUGGCAAUUUCUGAUACCGGUCAGAUAAGACAUAUAUUUCCAUGCUUUUUUAAAGAAUUAUUUUUAUCUGUUUUAUAGUCACAAUUGGUGUCCUGUCAUUUUGUUUUAAAAUAAGCUAGAACCAGGAUGCAAUUGGAUAGGCUUUGCCAAUCCUUAAGGUACAUUGAGUGAUGCUGCAACUUGCAAAAAUGUACCAGCAUUUAAAACUUCUUUGCCUGGGAAUCAAGAUUACCCACAGAAUUACUUGCAAUGUACAUUUUUUGCUUCCCCUUCUCUAUGAAAUGUACUUAGUGGGGUUUCCUUCCUUUUAUAAAUUAAAACUGCAUAGAAAAGAUUAGUUUCUCUUUAAAGGAUUCUGAAUCCUCUUCAUAAGGAGACAGGAUUCCUUUCUUAUCCAAACAAAGGAAGUUGAUCUGAAGCAAGCAUCAGCUGAAAUGUAAGGGGAAAUGUAUUUUGUAUUUAGUGUAGAUAAUACUUUGUGAAUGGACAGCAGUUACAUAGAAUCUUGGUAGUUCCAGCCAGUGUUUCCCAGCCCCAGUUUUACUGACUUGUGAUUCAUUAGCCUACAUCCUCAGGAGUGAGAGCUAAGAAAGGGG